GCGCGCUCCCCUUACAAAGCGUCACGAGUGUCAGGAGUGACUGAGAUCAGCUGGAGGAGGAUAACAACAGCGGCGGCGGACAUUAAUGAAGUAACUCAGCGGCGGCAGAGGCCACAGUAACCGGGGGCCGCCAUGGCCAACAUCACCAAGAAAGUGUCGUGGUCCAGCCGGGCCGACGAGUCCGGGGCCACCGGGGAGAGAACCCCGCUGCUCAACGGCUCCGAGCAGAACCCACACUCCAGACAGCCGUCUGAAGGAGGCAGUAUAUUUCAGAUAGGCAGACUCAGCACAGUGGAUUUGGAAGAGGAGAUAACGUCAGACGAGGACUCUCUCAGAGGGCGGCCCAAAGAGAUCCCUCACAAUGAGAAGCUGCUGUCUCUUAAAUAUGAGAGUCUGGACUAUGAUAACGUUGAAAACCAGCUGUUUCUGGAGGAGGAGAGGAGGAUGAGCUACAUGGGUUUCCGGUGUCUGGAGAUCAGUCGCUGGGUGGUCUGCGGUCUCAUCGGCAUUCUCACUGGCCUCAUCGCCUGUUUUAUAGACAUUGCGGUGGAGCAGCUGGCUGGGAUCAAAUACCAAGUGGUCAAAAAGAACAUUGAGAACUUUACAGAGGCGGGCGGCCUCUCUAUCUCCCUCCUGCUUUGGGCUGUCCUCAACUCUGCCAUCGUCAUGGUGGGGGCCAUCAUAGUUGCAUUUUUUGAGCCCAUAGCGGCAGGAAGUGGUAUACCUCAGAUAAAAUGUUACCUGAAUGGCAUCAAGAUUCCCAGGGUGGUACGACUCAAGACACUGGUGGUGAAAGUCUGCGGAGUUAUUUGUUCUGUGGUCGGCGGUCUCGCUGUUGGAAAGGAAGGGCCCAUGAUUCAUUCCGGUGCUGUUGUUGCUGCAGGCGUCUCGCAGGGCAGGAGUACGUCUCUAAAGAGAGACUUCAAGAUGUUUGAAUACUUCCGGAGAGACACGGAAAAAAGGGACUUUGUUUCUGCAGGAGCUGCUGCUGGAGUUUCAGCUGCUUUUGGGGCCCCAGUCGGUGGCGUUCUGUUCUCUCUAGAGGAGGGAGCUUCUUUCUGGAACCAGAUGCUGACAUGGAGGAUAUUUUUUGCCUCCAUGAUUUCCACCUUCACCCUGAACUUCUUCCUCAGCAUCUAUCACAAGAAAACUGGAGACCUUUCCAGCCCUGGUCUCAUCAACUUUGGUCGCUUUCAGGGUGACAGUGUGGCCUAUAAUCUCUAUGAGAUUCCAUUGUUCAUCGCUAUGGGAGCUAUAGGUGGUUUGCUGGGAGCCCUGUUCAAUAUUCUCAACUACUGGUUGACCAUCUUCAGGAUCAGGUAUGUCCAUCGCCCUUGUUUGCAAGUGAUGGAGGCCAUGUUGGUUGCUGCAGUGACCGCAGCAGUGUCAUUCACCAUGAUCUACUUCUCUAACGACUGUCAACCUCUGGGACCAGAGCACACUGAUGAGUACCCACUGCAGUUGUUCUGUGCAGAUGGAGAGUAUAACUCCAUGGCAACAGCCUUCUUCAACACUCCUGAGAAAAGUGUCCGCAGUCUCUUUCACAACCAGCCAGGAUCCUACAAUCCUUUGACUCUGGGCUUGUUCACUCUGACCUAUUUCUUCUUGGCGUGCUGGACGUACGGCCUGGCAGUGUCGGCUGGAGUUUUCAUCCCGUCUCUGCUAAUUGGAGCCGCAUGGGGGAGACUGUUUGGAAUCCUGCUGGCCUCUAUCCCCUCCAAAGACACGAUCUGGGCAGACCCUGGUAAAUAUGCCUUAAUUGGAGCUGCAGCUCAGUUAGGCGGCAUCGUGAGAAUGACUCUCAGUCUGACCGUCAUCAUGGUGGAGGCUACAGGAAAUGUCACAUACGGUCUUCCCAUCAUGCUCGUCCUCAUGACUGCCAAGAUAGUAGGAGAUUAUUUUGUAGAGGGUCUGUAUGACAUCCACAUUAAGCUGCAGAGUGUUCCCUUCCUCCACUGGGAUGCUCCUGCUACGUCCCACUGGCUAACAGCGAGAGAGGUGAUGAGUUCUCCAGUCACCUGUUUGAACAGGAUAGAGAAGGUGGGAACCAUCGUGGACACCCUUAGCAACACAUCCACCAAUCACAACGGCUUCCCUGUUGUCGUGCAGGUUUCUGGGAGUGAUGAGCCAGCCAAGCUCUGCGGGCUCAUCCUCCGCUCUCAGCUCAUCGUUCUCCUCAAGCACAAGGUGUUUGUGGAGUUGGCCCGGUCCCGGCUGACCCACAGGAAGCUCCAGCUGAAGGACUUCAGGGAUGCCUACCCCCGCUUCCCUCCAAUCCAGAGCAUCCACGUCUCCCAGGACGAGAGGGAGUGUAUGAUGGACCUUACAGAGUUCAUGAACGCAACGCCCUACACAGUACCACAGGUGACACACACACACACACACACACACACACACACACACACACACACACACACACACACACACACAAACCCAUGAACUGUUGCCACCUGAUGCCUGAAGCUGUUGAGCACCAGCUAUGCAGAGAACAUCUCUGAGGGCAAAACCGUGACAACACAGGAUGAAUUCCUCUGUAAAGGCAGUGUUCCAACGAAGUCCAAAUACAUUCAAUCAACAAUAAAGCAAAUACAAUUGAUCAUGAUAGUAAAAGAAUGAACAAUAAUGACGAUACAUUUGAGCAAAGCCAGGUGAGGAAGGUCUGUUUCAUCUAAGUUAAUUGGUAAAUGGAAAACCUUGGGCUCUCUGUGUUCUUACUCAACAUCACAAACAGUCGAUUGUCCGACCUCUCAUGAAGUAAUAUUGUUCUUAAACAGUGAUAUCUUAUCAGUAAAAACAUUAAUUCAUUGUAUUUUUAAAUUAUUCAAAUGCGUCUUGUCUUGCUUUCCAACUGAACAAGACAUUGAAACUGGUUUGCUUUGAAAACCUGAUUUGAGUGAGCGUUCACGUCAAGUUUUCUUUGGCAAUGUUAGUCAAGUUAGUGGUUUCUGAUUUUUUUGUGUAGGUUUGCACUGAAAGAAAUGUUAUUUAUUGUCGACGUUGAAUACGUGUUUUAUUUUUUAAGUUUGGGAGAAUGUUUAGGUUUUACAUCACAGAAGAGACGCUUGUCUGAUUUGGUUAAAUGAUGCAGUAAUAGUAAGAGAUGGUUCUGUUAUUAAAUGUGGAUCCUCCUGGUGCGUCAUCCUCUUUCUGUCAGCUUUACUGAGCUCAAAUGUAAUAUAUGUGUAUAACUGUGGAUGGGUACGGAAAGUUUUCUUUUAUCACCAAAAUGUUUGCACCUCCUACUGAAAAAGUUUAUUGUUAAAAAAAACUUUCAAGUGUCCCUCAUGAAGAUCUCCAUAUCUAUGAAUGUAAAACGUUGUUUACCACACAUCCUCUCUUAAAACUCAUGAAUUUAUCCUUGCGUUACCCUUUAGUGUAAGGCACAAAGCACAGAUAUUCUGAUAUAUAAUUAUUUUAUCAAUUUGUGCAUCUAACAUUUCUUCAAUUACCAGUAUUGUUCUUUGUUUGCCUUUCGUCACUGUCACAUUUUUUUUCCUGUGUCGUCUUUUUGUUGUUCUAAACUUUAAUCUAUUGACUAUGCUCUAUUUUAUAACCACUGGAUAAGCCUUUUCUUAA